AUGAGAACUCACGCCACAGAACACAUGCAGCCCCAGGCUGCCCUCACAAGCGGUCCUCUCGCCCAGGGUCAUGUAAAUGGGAUGCAAGAUGGAUUUGUCCACAAAGACGGGGGUCCCCGGCCAGAUGUAACUCAAACGAAGGGCAACGAAUUUGAGGAUUACUUCUUAAAGCGUGAACUACUCAAGGGUAUAUUUGAAAAGGGUUUCGAGAAACCCUCGCCAAUACAGGAAGAGGCAAUUCCAGUUGCACUCUCUGGCCGCAACAUUUUAGCCCGUGCCAAGAAUGGAACGGGGAAGACUGCUGCGUUCGCAAUUCCGGUCCUGGAGAAGUGCCAAAUUAACAAGCGCGCAAUUCAAGGUUUGAUCCUUGUCCCUACUCGUGAACUUGCACUGCAAACGAGUGCUGUCGUGAAGGAACUAGGUAAAUACCUAAACGUGCAAUGCAUGGUUUCGACGGGGGGCACGAGCCUUCGAGAUGACAUCAUGCGGCUUCACAACACUGUUCAUGUUCUUGUGGGGACGCCUGGGAGGAUUCUGGAUCUUGCAAACAAAGAUGUGGCAGAUCUGCGACAAUGUCACAUUGUGGUUAUGGACGAGGCCGACAAACUGCUUUCCCCAGAAUUCCAGCCGAUUGUUGAGAAGCUAAUCGAGUUCAUUCCUAUGCAGCGGCAAAUACUGAUGUUUUCUGCCACAUUCCCCGUGACAGUCAAGGACUUCAAGACUAAAUAUCUUGCAGAUGCUCAUGAAAUAAAUCUAAUGGACGAGCUAACGCUGAAAGGCGUAACCCAGUACUACGCUUUCGUGGAAGAACGACAGAAAGUUCACUGUCUAAAUACAUUGUUUGCGAAGUUGCAAAUCAACCAGGGCAUCAUCUUUUGUAACAGCGUGACGCGCGUCGAGCUGUUGGCAAAGAAGAUUACAGAGCUGGGCUUUUCCUGCUUCUACAUACAUGCGAGGAUGCUGCAGCCUCACCGCAAUAGGGUGUUCCAUGAUUUUCGAAAUGGUGCCUGCCGCUGCCUGGUGUCGUCGGAUCUGUUUACAAGGGGUAUUGACAUUCAGUCCGUCAAUGUCGUGAUUAACUUUGACUUCCCUCAGAAUUCAGAGACGUAUUUGCACAGAAUUGGACGUUCUGGCCGCUUUGGUCACCUGGGUUUGGCGGUGAAUCUGGUUACGUACGAUGACCGGUUCAACCUCUACAGGAUCGAGCAUGAACUUGGGACCGAAAUAAAGCCAAUACCCAGCCACAUCGACCCCGAAACAUAUACAUGA